ACGGAUUCACAGCGGCCUGGGGUGGGGUGAGGCAGAGAGAGGUUAAGGUAAAGUAGACUGGCGUGAGGGAGAGGCAGGCUGUGUUUUGGGGUCGGAGGAAUAGCCCGGUAUCUGAACGGAAUUCUCAUCUUUCCCAAGCGUGUACAUGAGUUUGUUUCGCCCUCUUUUGGGCUCUCACCAUCUCAUGGAUUCCCCUUCCUCGAGCAGUAAAUGCUACUGGUGAGGAUUCCACUCAGUGUGCUUUUCUUCCUGCUUGUGGCUCUGUCACAGGCCUGUUGAGGUAUCGCUUUCAAUGCUCUAAUCAAUCACCAAACUCAGCACAAAGCAGGCCUUAAACCAAGGACUUACUGCUCUGACGAGCUCAGCGACACGACUCAUAGAACAGCUGAGCUUUGGGUGAUUUAUAAUAUUGUUGGUUCCAUGUUAUCACCAGAUUUUACACCAAUAGUGAAUUCAUGUCAGCUCGGUGAUAGUGGUGAUUUCUCCCAGUUUGAGUUAGAUUUUGAAUCUACUUGAUAAGCCUUUAUUGAUUGUUAGAAAGCAUGAUCACUCAUUUAGAGGGGAAAAAAACCUUUCGUUGUUGAAAUGAUGCAGUUCCUAAUCUUUGUGCUUUAAUUGUAGUGUUGUACACUACUGGAAGGAAUCAGCUGUGACUACGCUCCCCCUGUUCCAUUAGCCCUAAUGUUCUGGGGUCCCAAUCGGAUUUCAUUUCAUCAGAUUUUAGGGAUGGUUCACUGAGGUUACUCUGAGCUUCCGCUGACUAGGAACUCUCGUACCCAGAGGCGAACUCCGUGGCUCGAACCUAAACGUCUCUCGAAGCUCGGAUUUCAAACCACACGCGAUUUCCAAGUUAACACACACGUACCUAUGAUGCUGGCACCUGAUUCCAAGCUGGGAAAGGCCUGGUAUUGUACCCAGAGAUCGGCGACAAGCUGGAUAUAAUCUGUCCGAAAAUGAACAAUCAAGACCAGUACGAAUAUUACAAGCUGUACCUGGUGACUGAGGCCCAAGCAGAAGCGUGCAGCACUGUCAUCAACCCCCACUUGCUUGUUGCAUGUAACAAACCUGAUAAGGAAAUAAAAUUCACAAUCAAAUUCCAGGAGUUUAGCCCCAACUACAUGGGGCUAGAGUUCGCUAGAAACAGAGAUUACUUCAUUAUCUCUACUUCCAAUGGCUCAUUCGAAGGGUUGGAGAACAGAAAUGGUGGAGUAUGCAGAACUCGAUCCAUGAAGAUAAUUAUGAAAGUUGGGCAAGAUCCAAACACAAGGCCAACACUGAAAGAAAAGCAUCCUACAAGAGCACCAGGUAAAGGCCAGGAUAACACAGUGAAGAGCGUAAUCUCCCUCUGGAAGGAGCCAUCUUCAGAAGAGAAACCUGGGAAUACAGCUACUGACAGUCAGAUUAAAGACAAGUUGAACAAGAAUGAGGGAAUCUUUGGCUCAAAAAUGGCACUCUUCGCUGCAAUUGGAGCAGGCUGCAUCAUCUUUAUCCUCAUCAUCAUCUUCCUUGUGGUUCUCUUAAUAAAGUUUAGAAAGCGACAUAGGAAGAGUUCCCAGCAGAGAUCAGCCGUCCUCUCUCUCAACACACUGGCAAGCCCAAAGUGUAGUGGAAAUAGUGGCUCGGAGCCCAGUGACAUCAUAAUCCCGCUGAGGACUAAUGAUAACAAUUAUUGUCCUCACUAUGAAAAAGUUAGUGGUGACUACGGCCAUCCAGUGUAUAUUGUUCAGGAGAUGCCUCCACAGAGUCCUGCAAACAUCUACUACAAAGUUUGAUGGCCAGGAAAAUAUGAGAGAAUUCCAAUUUUCACCUGGCCUUUUUCAUAAUAUCUAAAUCUUCUCCUGACAUGUACAGACUCCCCAUAUGCAAAGUGUCUUUGGGAGAGUAUGGAUAAAACUGUGACUGUGGCCAGCAAGAAAGAUUUCAGUAUUAAGUUCAGCAAGCUUAUGUUUUAAGAGAAAAAAGAGAAAAAAAGAAAAAAAAAGAAAAUUGGAAGAUGACUUUCUUUGCAACCAAGGAGGCUGAAGAUUUAUAGUGUGAUGGGCUCAGAUCUAUUCACAACCUUUUCUUUCUUUUCCGUAAAGCCAUUCCCUCAGUAAAAGGCUUGAAAGAGGGAGGAGCUCAAAACAAAUUCCACUCUCUUCUAUCUUCCAUUUUCCAAAUGCAAGAAAGAUUUGAAAAGUAAUGAGAAGAUCAAAGCCUCUAAGAUUUAAGUUGUGAGGAGAAGCCACAGUUGAAAAGCAAAACUAGGGACGUCUCCAAACAGACAAUUAAAAAGACUGAGGAUUAUGAAGCAGUUGGUUCUCUGUAGCACAGAGAUCUUGAGGCUGCUUCAAAACUUUAUGAACUCCAACUGCUCAGGGGAUGAGACUUGCAACGCAAAAACUCAGAUUGGGUUGGGUCAGGGGGAAGGACAUUUCACAUUUACUUUUCUUGCUCAUUUCAACUACGCUCCCUCUUACUCAUUUCCCAAUCCUUGAUUUGAAAGAUAAUUUUUGUUGUAAUGUGAUCUAUGUAAAUUAUAAACAUACUCAACAAUCUAUCCUUAGUUUAUGUACAAAUCUAGCCUCCACCUCACCCCCCCCAGUUCCUUUUGAAAAUAUUUUGACAAGAAUAUAAUCAAGGUUAGUAAAAUAAUGCUCAGAUGGUCUGUGGUAAUCAGGGUGCAAUUGAUUACUAGUUGGUCGUUUUAAGGUUAGUCUAGUUAAUAUGCAGCCUUUGAUUUAUACCUUGUUGGGGAUUGUGUUGGUUGAUCUGGGCUUGCCUGGUGAGGUAUGCAAGGAAUGAUUAUCUAAUAGGAGUGUGGUAAAUGUUAAUAAUGGCCAGCUAGCCCAACUCAGUAUUUCAGUCCAAGAUAAUACAAAAGAAAAGCAAAUAUAUGAUUUGGCAUCCUGUUUGAAAUAGUAUAAAUCAAAGAGAUGGGGUCAAUUUUGAUGGGGACGAAAGUUUUUCAUUUCUCCCGGUGUAGUAGCAGGGCCAUAAUACUAUACAUUUGGCAUAAGAUCCAGAUGUGCUUACAGACUAUCCUGAAAGGAGUGAACAGCUGAUACUAAAACUGCUGGCAGAGGUUAUAAUGGGCAGGCAUUGGCCUUACAGACUGGUUUGAAAGUGUGUUCUUCAUUGCCUUGAAAGCUUGUAGAUAGAUGGGAGUUUAAAAUAUUUAAAACAAUAUAAAAUGCCUUCAACUCAUGGGGUGGGGAAAACGUUAUCAGUCCUGGUUUUAUGCAAAAUUCAUUCAGAAUGGGAGUUAUUUCCUUAGUUUUAGUCAAAUGAGUUUGAGUUUUGAUGGUGUGCACCUACCAGCAAGGGCGUGAUCAGCUCUGGCAGUCAUCUGCAGCACCAGUGAAAGAUGCUAAUAACACUCAGCUUAUUCACUGAAAGGCCUUUCUGAUGCACCACUGUUGAAUGACUCAAUGGGCUAUUCAAUUUCACACUUUGAAAUUGAUUUAUUCUUCUUCCUAUUCCCCCAUCAGUUGAGGGAGCUUAAUGUCAUACAACAAAAAAAAACAAAUAAAAUAUCAACUUGUCCAUCAAACAUGUUGCAACCUUUUUGAUCUCUGUCUGUUUCUCUCUUUCUCUCUCUCUCUCUCUCGCUCGUGUUCUCGUGCUCAUUCUUGCUCUGUCUCAUUCUUGCUCUCUCUCACUCUUGCACUCUCUCUCCUUUGGUUAGAAAUACUAUAUCCUCUAUGUUCUUCUUUCGUUCCUGUUAAGCUUCAAAUGUCACAUCUUCUGUGCACUCGUUGCUCCUUAAUUGAUAGAUUCAAGACCCCUUUGCAAUAUGUUAUAUUUCCAUUAAUUGUUUGGAAACUAAAUAGUAAAACCUACCCUUUUAAAAUUGACAUAACCUUUUAAAAUCUAAAGGAAAUAUUACUCCUUUUAUUUAUCACAGCACUGUUCUCAUUCUUUUCAGCCUGGGACCUUAUACCUCGGUUUCAAAGUAAUAAAAGAACUGUAUCCACAAAACUUUUCAAUGUGUUGAUGAAAGCACAACUCCUUUCCUGUGUUGUGAUUCCAGGCAAAUUGAUUCCCUCCAGCUCUCAGUCUUUUCACUUGCUGUUCGCAGUGCCUAUUGCAGGAACUUGGAGCUGAGAUAAAUAUUGCUGAUGAGGUUGAGUUGAUUGCACUUAUAUUGAUGCUUUAAAUUCAUGCUGACCCCCCAGUUGCUUAUGUCCUGUCUUCUGUCCAGUGAUGCUCUCACUUCAAUCCGUUGCAAGCAAAUGUCUAUUGUGGCAUAUACAAUUGGAAAAUGUUGACUGAGAUCUGCUAUAUAAAACAUCCCAUUUUAUCCCUUUCAGAUGCUGACGUACCAGCAGUCAAUUUUUAACAUUUGCUCUUUUAAUUUCAAUCUCUUAAACUUGCAGUUUUAAUCUUUUAACAUGCUUGUUUAUUUUAGAAAUUUGGCAGUAUCCAACAGCACAAACAUUUAAUAAAAACUAAUAUUCAA